AUGCUCGAAAUUUUAGAGCGCGAAUCAGGCCACAAGUUUCUUUGUUUGGGCGCCAGUUUCUCUAGUCAUUCGGGAUCGCACAGCGACUGGAGCGCCGUUUCUAUCCCUCGCUGGCCCCCGAAAAAGUUCUUCAACUCUCUCUACGACCAGGUCGAGUCCGUCCUCCGUGAUGGUCUUCAAUGGAUUGUCAAAGAAAAAGGAUUGGCGCGUUCGAACGAAAGUAGCAACAGCAGCGACCCCAACGGAGAUUCCGCGCGGUUCAUUGCUCGCAUGACCAUGCGAGACAACGGAGGGAGACCGCGUCCAGUCAAGCCUCAGGAGCCAGAGGAGCCGUAG